UAGAUUUAAUGUGUUUGAGGGUCACCAUGGGCCCCCACUGUGGGAGAAAGACGACAUAUAAAACAAACAUUCCUUUUGAGGAAUUGGAAUAUUUCUGAAGAUUACAAGAGAAUGCAAGAAACAGUGGUUAACAAAGAUUUCACAUUUAUAAAGCCCUUUGGGGGUAACCUCAGAGAAGUCAAGAGUAGACAUAUCUAGAUUGUGCUAUUAGUGCAUUUCAUGUUAGCUUAUAUUUGAUAUAGGUUUUAUUAGAUAAAUAAGUAAACUGUUUUUCAGUGCUACAUUUGACUUUCAACAGCUGAAUGCUAUUUAUUCCUUUACCAGCAUUUGAUUGAUAAAGUAUAGUAAGUAGAACUUGACUUUAUCCUAAUGCCUGAACACUUGACGGAAACAAUAAAAAUGCAAAUUAGGAUGUACUAAUUGCAAUGAAAACAACAUGAUAUUUGUUUACAUUUCCCUUGAUAUAUUUUUAAUGUAGACAUUGCCUAUCCAGUUGACAUGUUCCCCUUCCCCUACUUUGGGUGGGGUCCGAAUUAAUAAAACACAUACAUUAUAAUUUCCAGUCUUUUCCCUCAUUCCUCUGAAAAAAAUCUGUUCAAAGAAAUACCUUUUAAUUCAAUUUAAAGACAUAAUUGCCAGCUGUUUCUAAGUAAGGUGCCUUUCCCCCCAUGGCAUCAAUACAUUUUGAAUAGUGAUUUUUACCUUUCUUUAUAUACAUUAAUUUGAAUUUUCCACAGUUAUCAUUUCACUUGUUCCUCUAAUCUUCUCAUUUCCUACCCAACUUCUUCAGCACACUGUUUGCAUUGAGAGAAAGGUACCAUCUUGCCAAACUGAAUGGGGUCCAUUGCUACUAUUUUUCAUUUACCAGAUCUUUUUAAGGAGCUGGAAGAUCCUAUCACAAGUGUCUUACCUAGUUUUAAGUUGCCUUUCACUAACAUGCAGUAACAUAUCUUAGUGCCAUCCUGACUGGUAGUUUUAAGUGGUAUUAAUACUCAUAGAUUAGUUGAUGGAAUUUGAUCUCUUUCCAUGGGUCCGCCUUGUCAUUUGGCUCAUUGGAUGUAUCCCAGAAAUACCUUUACAUCUAGUUAUGACAUUUACAAACAUUAAAGGCUAUGGAUGUUCAGCAGAAAGCAUGUUUGUAAAGUGAGCACAUGCCAGGAUCCCUGAGAACACCAUCUGUCAGACUGACAUGCUAUUGCCAUUUUUCCUUGGAAAAAAGGAAAUUUAGGCUACAAGAUUUGUUUUGGGCACAUACACUCAUCUUGCUUUUUUAAAAAAACACUUUUUGGUAAGGGGUGGUGGAGAUGUAAGAUAGAUUUUAGUGAUACUCUAGUGUCACUAAAUCAUCCUAUCAAGAAUUGUUAACUGUCACUGCUUCACAUUUUCUGGUCCAUAUUUUCAGAUUUUUGUGAUGAGGGGUGAUCUUGAUUUUGGAACAUUCACAAGUUGGGUCAGCACACACAAAAUGGAAACUUGCAUUAGCUGCUGUAAUCCAGCCAAGACUUGGCUUUUAAGGGAACAUGAAGAAGAAUCUUAGCCUGUUGGAUUGGUGAACUACAUUAGGUAGAUGUGGAGUGAUCACUUCCCCAGUAUCAAAGAAGUGACAGGAUGGCUGAAGAUGCUGGGCUCACUAAAUUAAGCUUUGAGUUUUGGCUGCACAAGACUCUUAAGUGGGGUCAGAGCACCACUUCAGAAUCUCAGCAAGAUGUCUGCCUUCACUUGCCUGAAUUGCAGGAAUUUCUAUUGCAGAUUUAUGGAGCUUUGAAACAUAUGAACUGUAGAACUGCAGUCCAACAGUUUCCAUUGGUUGGCCAGUUAUUGGGAAGACUUUGCUGGAAUCCCCUUGUCAUUGGUUAUGAUGAAUGCCAGAAGAUUCUAAUGUGGUGCUUAUGUUGUCUGUACAGUGGUGAACCACAGAGCCCAGUGGAAUUGAAGGCCAACAGCUGGAUACAAAGCUCAUUGUGCCAUCUGUUGUCAAUUUCUGGACUGGGGAGUCACAACACUGAUUUGAACAGCUUUAUUUCUACUCUUGGCUUCACUUCUGCAGAUUACAAUUCUAAACUCCUUGAAAAUGUAGUCUUAUCUUUGGUGACAGAACUCAGAAACCAAUUUAAUCAAUUCAAAAGUCAACAGAGUAUUUCUUCUCGAAUAACAUCUAUAUCCCUCCUCUGCAUGCCUCUCAUAACUUUGCCUGAUGUCAUACCAUUAGUUGAAGCUCUUCUUAGUUACCAUGAUGGUGGAUCACAAGAAGUCCUCCAUUCUACAUUUUUAGAAGCUGUGAACAAGGCCUUGUUACAAAAAAAGAUUUCAUUAUCUGAAUCUGCUGUAGUGCAAUUAUGGCUUCGUCAUCUUCCUAGUCUGGAAAAAGCAGUGCUUCAGACUCUUGGAAAUUUAAUCUCUAGUCAGCCAUGUUCAGUACAAGAAAUGGCAUGCCUGAUAAAAGAUUCCUUACUGGACCGAGCUGCGUGUCAUCCAGCUAUCUUCAGAACAGCUGAUGAAAUUUUGAAGAAUGCACUGCUGGAAACUGAUGGAGCACCAGAAGUAAUGACUGUAAUGCAGGUGUUUACACAGUGCUUUGUUCAAGCUUACCAUGAGAAUAACAAGCAGCAUAAAUUUCCAUUGAAGGCCUACUUUCCUCAAAAUCCGCAUUUGCUUGUGAUGGUGCUUUUUAAAGAUCCAGCAGACCUAUCAGCUAAAGGCUUACAUCAGCAUUUGAACCACAUUGCUGAAAUACUCAAAACAACAGUAGAAACUAAGGGUGUCAGGUCUUGUGGCAACCUCUUUGAGAACUGGCUUUUGUUGGUUCAUUUUGGAGAAUGGGUCGAUAUCGCAGCAGAGCAGUUGGUGGUGUCACAAUGUGAAUCCUCAGGUGCUUUGCUGUGGCUUUUGGUAUUUUACUAUGAACCAAGUGAUGAGAAUCAGCGGAGGACUCAAACAAUGAGAGAAGCAAAAUCUGUUUGCGAUCACCUGACAACCUUGUCGAGAGCAUCAACCAUUUCAGUCCCAGAACUGGAGGUUGUAACUAGUAGCCGAAUAGAUGCAAGAUGUCCUGGUACCAAACACCUGAUCAGACAUCUGAUUGUCAGCUUUCUGCUCUUUACCCCUGGUGGACACACAAUAGCCAGAGAAUUCAUUGAUGGUUUUGCAGUUGGAAGUAGUGAAAUCCUGGAAGUUAUUGGCCUCCUUACCUGCAUUUCAAAUAGAGUGAGCCAGGAUGGAGUGAAAUAUCAAAGAACUAUCAAGCUGGCAAAUGAUCUUCUCCAGAGACUAAAAAGUGGGCUUAUGUUUUUACAGUAAUGUUUAAUUUGGCCCAGUCAUCAGACUCGCCAAUCAGAUGAAUGAGAGACAGCAGUAAGUCUUUUUUCAUGAACAUUUUUUUUCCAAAUUUUAAAAAGAGAUCUGUGCCCAAUAUUUGUGUAAAAUGUUAAAUCAAUUAUAAAUAAGGUUGUAAUUGUUAUUAAUGAUUGCAUAUAAUGGCUGCAAUCCAGCAUUGCCUAAGCAUAUUGUAAAUAUCUGCAUGUGGACCUGCAUUAUCCUAAGCUAUAUACCUUCUCCUCCAGCUUUACUGAAAAACCUUUAAAGAUACUCUGCCGGCCAUUUCAUGGUUCCUGGUGAACAGGAAUGAUUGAAGAAGCAUCUGGCUAUGCCAUCAUAGCCACCUGCAAAGUGAUCACAGUGGCACUGAGACCCUUGGAGACUGACCUCAUAGUUUUGCAUUUGGCUAAAGGGACCUAGCCAAAUGCAUCUUUGAUCCUACCUGUUCACGACGAAGCACAAAAUGGCAGUGCAGGGAGGCUUCAGAGACGUUUGAGUAAAGUUGGGGGCUUUGGGCACUGGGGAGAGGGAGGUAAUACCAACUUCCAAAGUAUCCAAAAAAGUACAUUCACUUGUGUAACACAAUUUACAUGUGCGUAUGUCCCUAACAGAAUGUCACGGAUCACUGACUAAUACUAUUUUUCAAGUCACACACAGAGUAGGAUGUGCUUAUAGUUACAAAGUACUUUUGCUUCACACAAUUCAAGAUGCACAAAUUGUAACUGUAUUGAAGUUUGUUCCUUAUGUAUCUUAAAUGCUAAUAAAUCUAAGGUCCUCUUAGGGUUUAUUGGAA